AGGCGAGGAGAGGAGGGAACCCCUGGCGGGGAGGUGGAGCGAGGGGACGGUGUCCGCCUCCGGUUCCUCCCUGCCGUUUUGUAGAGGAGUCUGAAUCGGGACGAAACACGCCGAGACCGACAGACACAAAGCCGGGGGGUCCACGCUGGCGCUGGAGGCGAGCCCCGGCGGCCGCGAGCGAGCCCGAGGCGCGGCGGGGCGCGAGGCGCGGGGGCGCUAGCGGGCCGGACGGCGGGCGCGGGCAGCGCCCCCGAGCCGGGGCCGGACACCUCGGCCGCUCGGGCCGCAGCGGCGGGGACCAUGCCGAGGAAAGUGUCCUGAGCCCAGCAACUGCGACCCUCCCCGCCCCCACCCGGGCUGCCCCUCCGCGCGGCCCUGCCCAUGUGCCGCCGGCCGGCCGCGCUCUCCUCGCAGGCGGAUGGGUGACCUCUCCCUGGCCCGGGCAGGCUGCGCGAGGCGGCGGAGCAGGCGAUGAAGCAGCAGCGGCAUCCCGGCGGCGGCGCGGAUCCCUGGCCCCAUGGGGCGGCUCUGGGGGGCGCCCCUCCGGGCCUGGGCAGCUGGAAGCGCCGGGUCUCCCUGCUGCCUUUCCUGCGCUUCUCCCUCCGGGACUACGGUUUCUGCAUGGCCACCCUGCUGGUCUUCUGCCUGGGCUCCCUCUUCUAUCAGCUCAGCGGGGGACCCCCUCGCUUCCUGCUCGACCUGCGGCAGUAUCUGGGAAAUUCCACUUACUUGGAUGACCAUGGGCCACCUCCUAGUAAGAUGGAACUGAUUAAAAAUAUAAGUACUGCAGAACAGCCCUAUUUAUUCACUCGACAUGUUCAUUUCCUCAACUUCUCAAGGUUUGGAGGAGACCAGCCUGUCUACAUCAACAUCAUUAGAGACCCCGUCAACCGGUUUUUAUCUAAUUAUUUUUUCCGUCGAUUUGGAGACUGGAGAGGGGAACAGAAUCACAUGAUCCGCACCCCCAGCAUGAGGCAGGAGGAGCGCUACCUGGAUAUCAAUGAGUGUAUUCUUGAAAACUAUCCUGAGUGUUCCAACCCCAGAUUAUUUUACAUCAUCCCGUAUUUCUGUGGACAGCAUCCCAGAUGCAGGGAGCCUGGUGAGUGGGCCCUUGAGCGAGCGAAGCUGAACGUGAAUGAGAACUUCCUGCUCGUGGGGAUUCUUGAGGAGCUGGAAGAUGUGCUGCUUUUACUGGAAAGAUUUUUACCUCAUUACUUCAAGGGUGUGCUCAGCAUCUACAAAGACCCAGAGCAUAGGAAACUUGGAAAUAUGACUGUGACCAUCAAGAAGACUGUCCCCUCUCCCGAGGCCGUGCAGAUUCUCUACCAGCGAAUGAGAUAUGAGUACGAGUUCUACCACUACGUCAAAGAGCAGUUCCACCUUCUGAAGCGCAAGUUUGGAUUGAAGUCCCGUGUCAGCAAGCCCCCUCUGAGACCCCAGUUCUUUAUUCCCACACCACUGGAAACAGAGGAGCCCAUUGAUGAUGAGGAACAAGAUGACGAGAAGUGGCUAGAAGAUAUUUAUAAGAGAAAACAACAAGUCUCUCUAGAGUUUUUUCUUCGUUCACUAAAAUUGGAUGGUAGCCAAGACAUAAAGCAAGUCAUUUGGAACCUGUCGAGUGUGCACUAAAGCUACUUUAUCAUGAGAUGUAUUAAGAAGGCUCCACCCCGCAGGAGUCCAUCGAAGGCUGGGACCACAGAGGUACAAAGUCCAGCAUUUGGCCACUGGUGGGCCUCCUUUCUGCCUCAGAGAACUGGGGCAGGGAAGUGAUUAAGGGAAAUGUUCUUAGAAGAGGAAAUAUCCUUUGUCCUGUCUAGAGAAACCAGGGCCCUACCAUUAGGUAUACCUUAAAAAGCCACCCAGAAAACAGCUACCAUAUUCAAAACAAAGACAAGAAUGGGUGCCUGGUACAUUGUGAGUCAUUUCUAUGAAAUUGUGUAUAAGAAUAAUAAUUAAUAUACACACUGCACAAUCUCCCCGUCUGAAAAUUAAGUUGAAUUGCUUAAGUGUUCUCUGCUGUUUUCAGAGCAUCAGGACAAUUGAUCAUUUUUAAAACUGCAUCUUAGUGGAAGUUCACAUGAGCAGUUCUACCCACCUGUACAAAGGCAUUUAUUGUCAGCAAUGAUCAUAGAAACGUCAUAACAAAAAUGCCAACUGAUUCAUUUUGCAGGGCCUAAAUGUUUUUUUGUCCCAACAAAUAGCUUCUAAGCCCUAAUAGUCAAGGCACUUCAUCAGUUUAUUUGGCACACAUGACAACAUUUCUUUGGCCCUGAGCCCAACACAGUUUGUACGUCAUGAAAUAUAUUGUACAUUUUACAUAGUUUAAUUUAAAAAAUACAUUUUAAGCUGGUUGAUCUUUGACUGCCUUAUUUAUUAUAACCUUUCAGCACAUUCCAAGGUUUUAGUUACUCAGGAAGGAGUUAAUUAAAAUGAUUUUAUUUUGGUCUGAUGGAUGUUUUUUAAAAGGAAAAUUAUUAUUAUGAACCUUCAGCCUACUUUCCUUGAGUGCCGUAAAAAUGCUUGUAAAUCUUUUUUUUUUUUUUUAAGAAAAAAGAAAAAAAUAGUGUUUGACAUUGAUGGAAAUUCAAAAACAUAUAUGGAACUGAAACAUUAGCUUAGCUAAAAUAAAAGCAAUCUGUGUUUGA